UUGUCCUUUCACUUCUGGAGAAGAUGCAGACGCAAGAGAUCCUGAGGAUGCUGCGGCUGCCUGAGCUGGGUGACUUGGGCCAGUUUUUCCGCAGCCUCUCAGCCACCACCCUGGUGAGUGUGGGUGCGCUGGCUGCGAUCCUCGCCUACUGGUUCACUCACCGGCCAAAGGCCUUGCAACCACCGUGCGACCUCCUAAAGCAGUCAGAAGAAGUGGAGGACAGUGGUGGGGCUCGAAGGUCUGUGAUCAGUGGUGGCCCUGAGCUGCUCACCCACUACUACGAUGAUGCCCGGACCAUGUACCAGGUGUUCCGCCGUGGGCUCAGUAUCUCAGGGAACGGGCCCUGUCUGGGCUUCAGGAAGCCCAAUCAGCCGUAUCAGUGGCUGUCCUACCAGGAGGUGGCGGACAGGGCUGAAUUCCUAGGAUCUGGACUUCUCCAGCACAACUGUAAAGCAUCUACAGAUCAGUUUAUUGGUGUUUUUGCACAAAAUCGGCCAGAGUGGAUCAUUGCAGAGCUGGCCUGCUAUACGUAUUCCAUGGUGGUAGUCCCGCUCUAUGACACCCUGGGACCUGGAGUUAUCCGCUAUAUCAUCAAUACAGGCCUGGUCUGCAGAGGAGCCUCCAACACAAACUCCACCCAAGCUGAUAUCAGCACUGUGAUCGUGGACAAAGCUUGGAAGGCUGGCCUCCUGCUGGAGCACGUGGAGAAGAAGGAGACUCCAGGGCUCAAGCUGAUCAUCCUCAUGGAGCCGUUUGAGGAAGCUCUGCAGGAGAGGGGGAAGAAGUGCGGAGUGCUGCUCAAGUCCAUGCAGGCUGUGGAGGACUGUGGCCAGGAGAAUCACCGUGCUCCCGUGCCCCCGCGGCCUGAUGACCUCUCCAUUGUAUGUUUUACAAGUGGCACGACAGGGGACCCAAAAGGUGCGAUGCUCACCCAUGGGAACGUGGUGGCUGAUUUCUCAGGCUUCCUGAAAGUGACUGAGAAAGUGAUCUUUCCGAGACAGGACGAUGUGCUCAUCUCCUUCCUGCCUCUGGCUCACAUGUUUGAGAGAGUAAUCCAGUCUGUUGUCUACUGCCACGGAGGGCGUGUUGGCUUCUUUCAAGGGGACAUCCGCCUCCUCUCAGAUGACAUGAAGGCUCUUUGUCCCACCAUCUUCCCUGUAGUCCCACGGCUGCUGAACCGGAUGUAUGACAAGAUCUUCAGCCAGGCGAAUACACCUGUAAAGCGCUGGCUCCUGGAGUUUGCGGCCAAGCGUAAGCAGGCAGAAGUCCGGAGCGGGAUCAUCAGGAAUGACAGCAUCUGGGAUGAGCUCUUUUUUAAUAAGAUCCAGGCCAGUCUUGGUGGGUGUGUGCGGAUGAUUGUUACUGGAGCAGCUCCUGUAUCGCCAGCAGUCUUGGGAUUCCUCCGGGCAGCUCUGGGAUGCCAGGUUUAUGAAGGUUACGGCCAAACCGAGUGCACAGCUGGAUGUACCUUCACCACACCAGGGGACUGGACCUCAGGGCACGUGGGGGCGCCUCUGCCCUGCAACCACAUCAAGCUCGUUGACGUCGAGGAACUGAACUACUGGACCAGCAAAGGAGAGGGAGAGAUAUGUGUGAGAGGACCAAAUGUGUUCAAAGGCUACUUGAAAGAUCCGAAGAAUACACACGAGGCCCUGGACAGUGAUGGCUGGCUUCACACUGGAGACAUUGGCAGGUGGCUGCCGGAAGGAACUCUUAAAAUUAUCGACCGGAAAAAGCACAUAUUUAAACUCGCUCAGGGAGAAUAUAUCGCACCCGAGAAGAUUGAAAACAUCUACACCCGCAGUGAGCCCGUGGCACAGGUCUACGUCCAUGGAGACAGCUUGAAGGCCUUUUUGGUGGGCAUUGUUGUGCCUGAUCCUGAGGUCAUGCCCUGUUGGGCCCAGAAGCGGGGAAUCGAAGGGACGUAUGCACAGCUCUGCACAAAUAAGGAACUGAAGAAAGCCAUUUUGGACGAUAUGGUGAGGUUAGGAAAAGAAAGUGGACUCCAUUCUUUCGAACAGGUUAAAGCCAUCCACAUCCAUUCUGAGAUGUUCUCAGUUCACAAUGGUCUGCUGACACCAACACUAAAGGCUAAGAGACCUGAGCUGAGAGGGUACUUCAAAAAACAAAUAGAAGAGCUUUAUACAAUCUCCAUAUGAAGGUCAAGGAAAAGUCUUCUCAGUACAAUGGACUGUGUAGCAAUAUUAUAGUUAUUCUUGAAAGAGUCAAAACAACGCAGCUGAACAUGCGUAAGACCUGAUUUUAUGACUGAGCCUCUACCUGUCCCAAGAGAUCUUUAACAAUAUUUUCUCUAUCAUCACUGAGUACACUUUAUUUUUCCUAAAAUGACAUUGUAGCAAGCUGCUAAAAAUAUCACAAAUGGCAAUGUAAAAUCAAGACAUUUUUCUCAAGAACUGUGUACCACUAAAAGUAAUAUAUUCUCAAUGUUCACAAAACUCAUAUUAAACAUUAAAAAAAAGUAACUGACAUUGUAUUUAAUUAUUUUUGGAAUAGUAACUAGGUAACAGCAAAUAUCUAAGCAAUGUGGACUCCCUUAUUCAAUUACUG